UGUCGUACGAAUGCGAAUAAGAGCUGGAUGAGUUAAUGAAAAUUAUAUAAAAUACACAUUAUAUAUCACUUUAAUACAAAAUUGUUAACACCAUUAUUUACGUUUUUUAUUCAGCUUUUUUUCUGUAAGUUAGAGACAGCUUUUUUCUGAUAAUAAGUUGGCAUCUCCGUCUCGGUUUGUUGACAAAAUCCAUGGACAAUGAACACCGACGAGCGCAAUUUUCGAUCAAGUUAUUAUGAGAAAUGCUUGAUCAACAGCGUCGAGGAGAACAAAUCGAUCAACAAGUUGCUUGAGGAUGACAUACGCAAUUUGAACAAAUUGAAGCAAUUCUGUAUGAACUACACUGUUCCGAAUGUCCACCGAAACCAUCUUUGGUCUCUUGUCAUGGGCAUAUUACCGCUUCACAAGACAUCCACGGACUUUGUACGCGAUCAACGUCGGGAUGUGUAUCAGGAUCUGCUGCGGGCUGUGUCCGUGCUGCGGUGUGUGGACCAAAAGAAGGAGCUGGUGAUGCACACAAUGUGGCUGAUGGAAUCGAAUCGAUUGUGGCAAGGGGGCAAUGCGAAUGCCACUAUGCAGGCGGAUGACAUGCAUUUCAUUGAAAUCGUGAGGACCCUUCUGCAAAUUUUCACCAACGAUGUGGAGACCUAUUGGAUAGCAAAAGGGUUCUACAACUACACGCGCGAGCUGAAAAAGGAAUGCCCCAAACUAAAGGAGCAGAUCCAAAUCCUGCUCAAGCGCGAGGACCUCUCACUGUUCAACCGCUUGGAGCAGCUGGGUCUAUUCGACAGCACUUCGGUACUCCUGGAUAACUGGCUUAUCACCUGCUUUGCCGGCGUCAUUUGUGAGACGGUGCUGGUCAAGAUCUGGGACAAGGUGUGCGGGGGCUCGCGCAAAAUUGUUGUGUUCCUCUUUGUGGAGCUAGUCAAGGACAUAAGGUACCUGAUUCUCAAGGAAAGUUCCCUAGCAGAGGUCAAAAGACUGAUAGAAACGGUGGAGGAUCCCGAUGGUGUCAUAGUUAACAAGGCCAUCAAAUCGCUGCAGAUAAACAACAGCGAAGUCGACUACACGCAUUAAGUAAUUCUACAAAAUGUUUAUUUAGGACCCGAGUAAAGAGCGUUAGCAACUAAAUGUA